AUGGAAGACGCGGAACUUGGGCUUUCUAAAGAGAAAAUCAAUGGCUUCAAAGAGUGGGUCAAGUCACAGAAUAAAAGACCUCGCGUCUGGGAUGCUCGACGAUGGUUCCGUGAGCCCGGUCACAGCCAUGAUGAGCAAGAUGCUUCACUUGACCAGGCUCUUGACUUGCUCAUUGACGAAGCCAUUGAAGAUGCUGUAAAGGAAAUGAACGAUCGCAAUAAGGAAUUGUCACAUCUCAAAAUUCCUGGCUUGGGUCUUCCUUUGCGUUAUAUGCCGCCCCGUGACCAGAGAUUCCCGGUCUUAAUUGGUGCUGAAGGGUACGACUGGAAGGCUGCAACACUUCUGAUCCGAGAAGUUUGUAUGUUGAAGUUUGUAGAGGAAAUAACAAACAAAGCUCAGUGGUGGGAAAAGGUUUUCAACCCUCAGAUUGCCGAAAAAUGGAAACAAGAGGCGCUGCAAAUGAAUUGGAAAGAAUAUCGAAAUUACGCAGAUUUCACUCCUGCUAUGGCUGACGCCUGCAUCAACGAAUUGCGAAUUAAAGCGGAUUUAUUUACAAAGACUGGUCUUAUUCCCAUAUUUGACUAUUCUUCUUGUGUCAUCAAAUCCGAGAGCCUAGUUCCCGAGAGCUUGAGAAACGCUCUUCGCUUGGAAGCUGCAAAGCUUGAAAACGUUCCUGAUGAGGAAAAGGACUGGCAUCCGGGCACUAACAGUAAGGUCCUCGAUCUGGUACACCCAUCUCUGUGGCCAUUCAUCUAUGGCCGCACUCCCGUGCUGCUUGACAAGAGGAUUAAUGUUACCAACGCUUUGAGCUAUUGUGGGGUUGGAACUAUUCUACCGGCUCCAAAGCCAAUCGAAAUAGCUAAUCCUGACCGGGCCAUGCAUUCAACGCCUUAUGAGCUAUCUAUGCCUUCUCUUUCACGCAGAUUUCAAUGGCUGCCAUGCGAUGUUGCUCUUGAUGGCCAAUCUGCCAAAAUCGACAGCUAUAUCAACAACUUGCAUCCAGUGGACCACGCAAGCCUGUACCCCAUCAUUGAACGCUUCAUCGAGAAGUCUUUACCGGCAUGGGAUGUCAUAUACCGAUGGCCUACAGAGUUUGAAACUCAGCGCUUGAAAACAAACCAGGCACGCGAGGAGUGCACAACGCCUGAAAUUUGUGGGCAACAUCACAACUGCAAUCCGUGGAAUCGUCCACUUGACGAAGGCGAGCCACGGCGCGAAGACAAUGAAAGUUAUACUGUAGAGUAUCGGGAGUCUGAACGCUUCAAGCGUGAUAUGGAGUGGAUGAGUGAAACGCACAAGCUCGAUCUGCCAGAACCCGUGCCGAACGGCGAUAGCCAUGUUCGGGUAAAGGCAUCCGACGUCAAAUCCAGCGGUUUCUUCAACGGAGCACCUCGAAUCCAAGUCAUCGUCAAGCUGGCUAAUGUUCAUCUUACUCCCGAAGACCCUGACUACAAAUUCGAAGUGUCUAAAGAGCUUGCUGAUUGGUAUAUGAAUCCUCUCAAAGAGAAGGCCAGCGACCCAGAUUUGGAAGGAUCCUCGUAUAAGCCAGGCACCUCUGAGGCUUCUUCGUCUUCUUCAUCGGACUCUGAUACUUCGUCAAGCCCGAGACGAUCUUUGUCCUUGAAUCUCCCUGAUUAUGAGGAUAUUUUGGUCAACAAUGACCCUACUGAGUUUGAAGGCGGAGCGUGGCAUACAGAGGGAAUGUUAAAUGAGCGUAUCUGCGCAACCGCACUUUUCUACUACGACUCCGAAAAUAUCACCGACUGUCAUCUUGACUUUCGUACGCCUGCCGAUCGCGAAGAGCUAAUAAUCAAUCUCGAUUACGAACAAAGCCAACAUUUUCCGAUCGAGCGCACAUUUGCUAUCCCAAAUGCCUACCGCGACACUUUACAAAACAUUGGCGGCGUUCUCACCACGAACAGCCCCUCCACAGGAGAUGCCGAUACUCGAGCUGUGUUCUUUCCGAAUCUCCUGCAACACCGUGUAUCUCCAUUUCAUCUUAAUGACCCAACUCGACCGGGCCACCGCAAGAUCCUGGCUCUCUUCCUUGUGGAUCCGGCGAUUCCUGUUAUUUCCACUGCCAUUGUGCCGCCACAGCAACGAGAGUGGUGGUCUCGUGAAUCUGGUGCCGAAGAGGCUCUUGCUCAAAGACUACCAAACGAGUUGGCCCAUACCAUUCUUAAAGAUACAGGGCUUCCAAUCAGCUUGAAUGAAGCCAAAAGCAUCCGGUUGGACCUGAUGGAAGAAAGAUCUGCGAAAAAAGAUGAUAUGGAUGAAGAGCUGCAGCGCAACACCUGGAACUUUUGUGAACAUUGA